GUCGAUUCGCAUUCGCCACCGUAUUCUUUAUUUCUCUUCUCACUCAUCGUUUAACCGUUCUUCGUGGGUUGUGGCGUGUAAAAGAAAGAGGGUGAUACAACUGUCAACCGACACUUAAUUUUAAUCUGUUUUGUGCGUCGUGUGUGUGUUGAUCCCGUUACCGUUCCGGUUUUACAAAGAUCGUCCCCCGAAUUAGCUGUAGCCAACUAUUUGAGUUUUUCUCAGCUUUUGCAGUUAAUCGAACAGUGCCAGUAGAAAUGAGUACACCGGUGAAAAAGGUGCCAAUCCAUUUACAGAGCUCACAGACUCGUCUUCUAAUCAAGAACGGCAAAAUAGUGAACGAAAAUGAAAUCACAGAUGGAGAUAUAUACAUCGAAGACGGUGUCAUCAAACAGCUAGGCAGGAACUUGAUCAUACCGGGUGGUACCCGAACCAUAGAUGCCAGAGGCCGAUAUGUGAUGCCUGGUGGGAUCGACCCACACACGCAUUUCGAGUUCGAGUUCAUGGGAACCAAGUCAGUGGACGAUUUUUACCAUGGGACUAAGGCAGCUAUUGCUGGUGGAACAACAACUAUCAUCGAUUUCGCCUUCCCGAAACCUGGGGAAUCUCCCCUGGACGCCUACCAUACCUACCGCCUGAAAGCCGAUGGCAAAGUGUGCUGUGAUUACGGACUACAUGUUUGCUUGACCGGAUGGUCCGAUCAAGUGAAGAAAGACAUGGACCUGUUGUGCAGAGACCAUGGCGUUAACUCAUUCAAGCUGUUCAUGUGCUACGAUUUCAUGGUCGACGAUGGAGAACUGUAUAGUGCAUUCGAGCACUGCAAAAACUUAGGAGCGAUAGCUCAAGUUCAUGCCGAAAAUGGAAAAAUCAUAAUAAAAAAUGCGGAAAAGCUUAUCGCAAAAGGAGUUACUGGUCCUGAAGGACACGAAAUUUCAAGGCCCGAAGAAGUAGAAGCAGAAGCAGUAAAUCGGGCAUGCGUUAUUGCAAAACAGGUAAUUUUUAGAUAUAAACACAAAAAUGUCUUUCUCUGUGUCACAUUGUAUGCUGUAUCGUGAAAAUUUAACACAAACUGAUGAUACCGAAUUCAGCGUACAAAAAAAUAAGUAGCUGUUUAGUUUUCAUACGUCACAGAAUAACGCACUUCCUGAAAAAAAAUAUCCUAUUGUAAUAUUCUCAUACAAGAAGAUCAAAAUUGAUGGUUGUGAUUAAUCGCUCAAUUCUUUGUGCUGCUCAUUGCUGUGAAUGCGUUGUCGCAUUUUUAAUUCAAAAUUGUGACUACGGAUAAUUUCCAGUAGAUUGAAAGAAUAUAUCUUUGGCACCUUUUAGUAAAGCAAGGUCACGGAAAAUCCCUGUUAGGAAUCACUGCCACCAGUUUGACUUCCUGUACAGUUUCCCUUAUUUUAGCAUACGAAUGAUUCUCCUUAGGUAGACUGUCCUUUAUAUAUUGUUCACAUGAUGAGCGCCGAGGCCGUGGAGGCGUUGCAGUCGCAUCGUAACCGCUACGGCGGUAACGUGUAUGGAGAGACGCUGGCGUGCGCGCUUGCGACAGAUGGCCGUCAAUGUAGGCAUGAGUGUUUCGCACAUGCGGCCGGACAUAUCCUCAGCCCGCCUUUGAGGUCCAAUGCGCAAACGCCCACAAUGCUCAUGAAAUUCCUUCAGGCGUAAGUCUCCGCUUGCGCUUGUGGCGGCGUUUGGUGAGCUGGACACGUGUGAUGUACGUCGGAAUGGAAACAUGAGGUUUUCUGGUUCGAUAAGUCGUGGAUAUAAAAAACCCUUUGAGUGACUCUUCCAGUAUCGGAGACAAACGGUUAUUCGAACUUUUUUGGAACUUUAACUGUAUUGAGUCUUGUUCAGGAAUUCAGUAAUCCAUGUGACUUUAAAUUAUGAGGACAUGGAAGGAAUUUAGCCGGUUAUACAUCCUUAUAGAAUUAUGUCAGAUUAUCCAAACUAAAAUUGUGUAUAUCAAAUCUUCAAUCAGCGAACAAUGCAUUGUUCAAUAUUCGUUUAUCCACCUUUAAGUUACUUGAUCAAAUACGAAUCUAUCCGCAACCUUUUCAAAAUCCCCGCGUUUAAUAUUUGCGCCUGCAGAAUCCUACGUUGCUGGUGAAGAACAAAAAAUGUUUCCGCUAAUGCGCGGAGUGACGAGACAUUCUUCUAGCUAGCUAUCUAACCGGUAACCUUAAAGAUUCUGCAGCUGCAAGUUUGUCGUUUUUUAGUGAAUGCACUCGACUCUCCGUAGCAGCACAACACUAGAUGAGUGAUGACUCAAAUUUGAUUGAGAAUUAAAAUAUACAGUGCACUUAAUUCAAAUACCAUAGAAAAAAGUCUAUAGUCGUGCCAAAAGAAGCCAUGUGGAGCAGUAACAUGUUCGAGCUAAAAUCGGUCACUGCAGAACGGCCGCAUUGGUAUUGUGCUCUGAAAAGGAAAAUCUUAAAACUGUGUCAACCGAAUAAAUUCAUUAAAACACAAUAUCACGAGUUUGUUUCCGAAAGAUAUACAACACCAUGUAGAUGAGUUCCUCCCCUGAUGACACCUUGGCACUACCUCUCAAGUGUAUACUAUUGAUGAGUGCAUACUCCUGCCAAAGUUUUAUUCUGGUAAAAUAAAGUGCAGUGUCAGAGCCCUUUACCAUUGGAUAUGCUCAACUUUCGCAGCAUGCUGAUUUUUAGAAUUACAAGCUUUCUUAUAUUUGACCCUACACUUGAUCUUCGCUUAUCUGUUCUCACCAUUAGGAUUAUAAACUGUUUUCACAUCAUACCUGUAUGUUUAAUUUGCUGAUCGGUAGUAGCUUGAAAACAUACACAUUCCAUGGAAUUUGACAAACUAAAUUUUUGAUCUAAUUCAAGUUAGUCAAACCAGCUCAUUCAUAUUGUAUACCAAGAAAAGCUCAUGUUCCUCAAUUUUGACGUAUAUGCAACUAAUUAAUGUCUGGGCUUUGGAGAGCAAAAUAUCACUAACUGCAGCUUUGCUUGUGGUGUUAACACUGGAUUCCAUAGAAUGAAUCAUUCAUGUGCCAUAAAAGAUACAUUUCUGGUAAAUCGGAUCUGAUAAUGAGAGUUAAGGUUGAUUCUGACUAUACAUUCCGUUUCCAUUCCGUAACCGUUCCGUAAAUUAUUGAAAUUAUAUUCGCCUUCGCUUAAAGCAGGUUAUUGCGUGUGUAUGCACAUUAUCCGUAAGGUAUACUGUGUAUACAAUCACAUUGUACGGAACGUUUACGAAACUGAUAUGGAAUGGAAACGCACUGUAUAGUGAGAAUUAACCUUUAUUCUACCUUUCAACUUCACUAUACUGUCUCUUACUAGAUCACAGUACCUAUGGAGAGCAGAUUACCAGUAAAGAGACAUUUUGUUUUUUCUUUGGACUAUCAGUUUUCAUGGAGCGCGUUUUGCCAAGGUUCAGCGAUGGAGAGCUUUUAGACUGCACAGCACUAGAGUUCCGCCCACGGUUGUAGGUGGUCACUUCAAAAUACCUCACGAAACAAGAAAGUACCUAGUAUACUAUGGUACCAUGUGCGUAGUCCAGUUUCCCUAAGGAAAAUUGCAAACUGCGCAAGCUGAUCCGUAACGCAUCUGCUAUUCGUUCUUGCUUACAAACAUGAAUCGGAUGAUAGAGGACCAUUGUUUUCACUCACUCGCUGAAAAUUCUUCUAACACAGACCGUCUACUUUGUACUUGUAUCUUGAGGCACUACCAUGUUUUAUAUGGAAAGUCAACAUGGGUAAACACUAAUUACACGUUCAUGACAAGUUGUCACACUGACAAUGACAGUUGUAAAUUUGAAACACUCAUGCGUUGACGGGAGAAAUCCGCGCAAAGAGGCCAAUUGCAUAUGUGUCUGAGGGAGAUGGAUUUAUGGAAGUAAUUCCUGUAGUCUUACUUUGACCUACCAAACACAGGUAAAAGACCUAUAGUAGUGGGAUACUUUUGAAAGUUCGUAACAUUUAAUCAACAUACUAUAAAAUCUGGCAGCCAAAUGAAAAGUGUUGUCAAACUGACAAACCUAUCCAAUGACUACUACUAUUUAGCACAACAGCGCUGCUUCGCUGGACCGCUUCACGUUGGUUGAACGCACUUGUAGAUUAAUUAUUACAUUUGAAAAAUACGGCUUUCCAACUUUGCCCAAGUGGUACAGAUUCUUGUUUUUCUUAAAGCAAUAACCUAUGAUAUAAAUAUUUUAAUAUCAUCAAGUAUGUGUGUGCCUAAAAAUUCUAGAUGCAUUCAUUAUGAGAUCUUUAACGCUAUGAUCAUGUGUGUAUUUGAUUUUCUCAUCAUCACUCUGCUGACUAACAUAAACUGCUUGGUGUUACGUGUGUCUGUAUUUAACAUAUAGGUUGGGUCUCCGCUUUAUGUGUCUAACGUAACCUCGGACCAAUCCGCGGAGGUCAUAUCCGCCUACCAAUCAAAAGGAGUGAUUGUUUACGGUGAGGUGGAAGCAUCAUCCGUUGCGGUUGUCGGUCAAAGCAACAAUCCUAAUCUGCUGACGUCACCACCAAUUCGAUCAUCUCCUCAAGCUCAAACUAAUUUACUAAACUUCUUAGCAUCGUAAGUAUAAAAUAAUAUUACCUAACAUUAAGUUGUGUCGGUAAUAAAUACAUUAAUAUUAAUUAACAAUAGAACUUAACCAGAGCAACAGGUUUCCGUAUACAAUUUUGUCUAAAAUUUUGUGGACUCUUCAGAAACAGCGAUGACCACUCACUGAAAAACCUGUUCAUUAGAAUGUUGUCAAAUUUAGGGGGAUACUCUACGCGUAGUAAUAUUAAAAAAUAUAAAACAUUGAUCGUCGUAUUCUCCGUUUUGGUGAUAUUUUGCCGUCUUUGAAAAAUUGUACGUCACCCGUUCUUGUAAGUGAAAUUGUGACAUUUGAUAAUAUGUAUGCUUCUGUGUAUAUGUGUAUUUUUGCAUAUCUUAGCGUGCUGAACGAGUUCCUCAGUUUUCUUGACAACUUUUUGUAACACCCUGUAUAAGUCGGUGAGAAUACGUUAAUCAAUGGAAUAAUCAAUAAACGAUGUUGCAAGAUGGUUAAUAUACGAGUUAAAAUUAAUGUAGCGCUCUUCAUCAAAUUCUCUACUUUAGGGACAUUCUUCAAGUAACAGGCAGUGACAACUGCACGUUCAACCAGUCACAAAAAGCUUUAGGAAAGAACGACUUCAGAAAAAUCCCCAACGGUGUGAAUGGCGUAGAAGACAGAAUGUCUGUGAUUUGGGAGAAAGGCGUUCACGCUGGUAUCAUUGACCCCAGCAGAUUCGUAGCUAUUACCAGCACAAAUGCCGCGAAGAUUUACAAUCUGUUCCCCAGGAAAGGUGUGAUUGCGGUUGGAUCUGAUGCUGAUAUUGUCAUAUGGAAUGCUAACGAGACUAGAACGAUAUCAGCUAAAACUCACCAUCAAGCUGUGGACUUCAAUGUCUUCGAG